UAUUUUUUUUUUUACAGCUUGGAGAUUUAUCAAAUCCAGAAUUACGGAUACUCACCGAUCAUUUGGACAUGAUCAAAUAUAGUGGUGACGAAGUUCCUGUGAAACGAUUGUCAGUCGCCGAUCUGUUGCCCGCCACCCAUUACUACAUGACGUAUGACGGCUCUACCACGGUCCCCGCGUGUCACGAAACCGUUACCUGGUUAAUACUAAACAAACCAAUCUACAUCACUAAACAGCAAGUGAGUACUACCAUACAAUUUAUCGGUUUUACAUAAAAUUUGGAUGAAUACACACCUGAUAAUUUUUUCAUUAAAAUUGUUCUUUGUAUGUUAUUAAGGAUG